UAUUUCAACCGUACCAUUGGGCAAGGAGAGGGCUUCGCCGACGCCCUCACUUACCUCGCUAAUCACCGAUGCACAAACUCUCACUUUCACUCUCUCUCUCCCCCGCCUCGUUUUUUCGUGACACAAGAACAUCACUUUCCUCCGUAUAACAAUAGCUCAAUUACAAAUAAAUUCAGGAAAGCAUUGAAAUAUUGUUUUUAGUCAAGAGUUGUUUGUUUUCCUAUGAUUAUGCAAAUGCCCAGAUGGAGAAACGUGAUUUUACUCAAGAAUUCUUUGGUACCAGCUUCAUCACAAUCAAUAACAACAAGGACCCAUUUUGCUUCAAUUCAUUCUACACCUAUUGCAUGCGAGAAACGGAAGAGCAAACGGGUUGAUGAUAACAGAGGAUCUCAAAAGCCAUCUAAGGAUUACAUAAAAUUUGUAAGACGCCAAAAACGUGCUGAUGAGAAGAGAGCAUUGAAAGACCUUCUCUACAAUAAUGGACCUCUUAGAAUAUUUCAGCACAAGGACCCAGUAUGGUCAUCCGAUGCAGAGCCACCAUUUGGCUCCAGAAAAAGGAAUGAAAAGGCUUAUGCUCGAUCUGCUAAGAAAUAUCACCAAGACAAAAUAAGAAGUAAGCUAAGAAGAGAGAGUUCUGCAGAGGACUCUGGCGAUCCCGAGACAGUUUUUCAUGCAACAUUUGGAAACAGAUGGUAUACGUGGUCUAAUAAGUCUUUCCAAGGAGAACCAUCUGGAUUUGAGUGGAGAGAGCCUCCAAAGUGGAAGGACCAAAGAUACAAAGAAUGGGAUGCUAAUCGAGAAACAGAGUCUGGCAACGCAUCAAAUUCUUUGGGAUCACAUUCUGACAGAACAAUCCUUGGUCUGCCUCUAACCGGUCCUUUAAAGAUUGAAGAUGUUAAGAACGCUUUCCGCUUAUCAGCUUUAAAAUGGCAUCCGGAUAAGCAUCAAGGUGCUUCACAGGUGUGAAAAAUCCUCGGGGGAGAUACCUAUUGUAAAAGUGCAGCUGCCGAAGAGAGAUUCAAACUUUGUGUUAACGCAUACAAAUCAUUAUGUGAUGCUCUCGCCUGAGUUUAAGCACCAGGCUGCAACUGAAUUCCUCACUGUUAGUCGCCACCUUUUUCUUACUGGAAGCAGCAAUAAUGGAGAAGAGGUGUACUAUAUCAUUUACUUAUAUUUUCUUCACAUUAUUAUAAACUAAUUUUUUUGAUUUUC